AUGCAGCCUGACCGGCUGAUCAAGGCCCUCACCAUCACCAUACAGAUCCUCAUCAGCCUUGUCCUCUUCGCCAUCGUACUCCCCUUCUUCAUCCUGUGGCGUGCCCCAAUAAGCCUCCUCUACUUCACCAAGAACGAAAAGCCACAGGAAAAGAACGCAGACCAAGAGAAAGAAAGGCUACAAGGCCUGCCAGCAGACCACGAGGAAGAAGAGCCGAAACUACCCCCACCACCAGACCUCCACGAGCGCGCCCUCGCAUCUUACACAGAACGCUGGACAGCCUUCAAAUCCCGCCCCAUCAACAAGCCCCUCGUAACCCACUGGUCGCGCGUAGCAUGCCUCUCCCUUCUCACAAUACAAACCAUGCUUACCCUUGCUCUCCUCGAAAAGUCACUCGUGUACCACAUCCCUUGGUUCGUCACACACCUCUCAGAUACGCAGUACAAGACCGAGAGGAAGAAGCUCUGGUUGAACGACCUCUUGCUGCAUGUAGCCUGGCUACUUAUGACGUGUGCACCUGUUGUGGGUUUACUGGGCGUAGGCCUGGGUAUUGCGUAUUACAUGUCUAAAGCGGCAAGGUACGGCAAGUUCAAGAAGGGUAUGGAGAGGAAGAAGGGAGGGAGGGGAUAUGAGGACCCGAACAAGGCGAGGGAGGGAGAAGAGAAGAAUGGGGAGGCCCAUGGGGUUAAAGAGGCGGUUAUGGGGGCUCGCGAGCCGGAAGCUUCGCCGUAUGGGUAUCCGGGGUAUAGUGAGGAUAUCCUCUUCGAGCAGCCUGGGGACAAGGUGGGUGGAUACCAAGAUACGGUUCAGCAGCCGCCGCCAGUGGUGGUUCAGCCUCUGGCACCAACGGCGCGGUUCGAUAAGAACCCUUAUACGUUGGCUGGUAUCGCGUCGAUUUGGACCGGGCAGAAGGAGAAGAUGAAGGGUGGGUAUGAUGGGAGAGACGUCAGGAAGCAGAACUUCGCUGACGACAUUGAGAUGGCGGAUUGGGUGGGUAGGAAGUAG